AUGUCGGAAUUUUCGACGUCUCCCGAUUUGCCAACGUCAACGGGGAUCAGUCUGAUGGAGCACGGCAUCGGCGACACGUUAGGUUUACCCAACGGGAAAAAGACAAAAGGGCGUGUCAAGAUCAAGAUGGAGUACAUCGGCAAUAAACUGCGCCGGUACACCACGUUCAGCAAACGCAAGACGGGCAUCAUGAAAAAGGCUUAUGAACUGUCGACACUGACGGGUACGCAAGUGAUGCUGCUUGUCGCGUCGGAGACCGGCCACGUCUACACAUUCGCCACCAACAAGCUGCAGCCGAUGGUUAGCAGCGAUGCCGGAAAGUCUCUCAUCCAGAGUUGCCUCAACGCGCCUGAUGACGCGAUGAGCAGCGUUCCGCACAAGACUGAAUUCACGUUCGAAAAUGGUCAGAUCAAUGGGAAUCGCAAGCGGAAAACCAACGAAUCGGCCACUGCGUCGCCCGACCAGUUCAACUCGCAUCUCGCUACCCUUUUCCCAACCAUGGUUCAAAAUUCACUCUUCUCGAACUUCAAUGAGGAGGAAUACAACCCGGACGAAUCUGACGACUCGGACUCUGAAGAGGGGAUUUAUUUAAAGGAUGGCAAGGAGGAGGUGAAGAGCUGCAGUGAUGAAGGCAAAGAACGAGAAAUGGCUCUUAGUCUACAACAGACCCUGAAAGAAGCCCUAAAGGCAGCUGCAACCACACGGCAGCAACAAGCUAAAAAGAAAAAGCUGGAAGAGCAGCAGACACAACGGCCGUUGACCAGCAGCGCAUCGGCUUUGCUUGCCCCGUUUCUACUUGGUGGAGCUACGGCAGCGAAUGGGGGAAUAUUUGCCCCGAAGACAGCAGAGGAGGCCGGAGCACACCUAAAUCCGCUUCUUCUACAAACAAUGCCCUUUUUGAAUCUUCAACAGCUGAUCGAAUCCUCCAGUGCACUCCAGAAGGGGGCU